AUGUCUUUCCAGUCCAUUCCGAUCUUGGACCUGUCCCUGGCAGAUGAUCCGGCCACCAAGCCGGCAUUCUUGGCUGAUCUCCGACAUGCUCUGAUGCAAGUAGGCUUUCUCUACAUCAAGAAUGUAGGCAUAGCAGACGAUCUCUUCAAAAGGGUCAUCUCGGAAGGAAGAGCCUUCUUCGACAUUCCUCUCGAAGAAAAACUCAAAAUCGAGAUGAAGAACGCUCCGUCGUUCUUGGGCUACAGCAGGCUCUCGGCGGAAAUCACAGCAGGGGAGAUAGAUCAUCGGGAGCAGAUCGACCUCUCCACGGAGCACCCCAUUCCCGAGGAGGGGGCCCCAAGAUACUACAACCUCCUCGCACCAAACCAGUGGCCCUCCCCUACCGUGCUAAGGGAUUUCCGCCCUGUAUUCACAGAGUACAUGAACCUAAUGGGCGCCAUGUCUAUCCGGUUCACCUCUCUGAUCGCUGAAGCCAUCGAGUUACCGGCAGACGCCUUCGACAAGUACUUCGAUGUUGAUCAGCAACACAAGCUCAAGAUCGUCAAGUACCCAGACGUCGGCGAGUUGGGCCCCAAUGCGGCGAGCAGACAGGGCGUGGGCCCGCACAAGGACUCCAUGCUCACCAGCUACUUGCUGCAGGCGAGCCACCACAAGGGCCUGCAGGUCCAGAACAUGCAGGGCCAGUGGAUCGACUGCCCGCCUAUCGAUGGCACGCUGGUGGUGGCCAUCGGCCAGGGGAUGGAGGCGCUUACGCAGGGCGUCUGCGCAUCGACUACGCACCGCGUGCUCUCGCCUGCCGCAGGUGAAGGGGCCAGGUUCUCGAUCCCGUUCUUUCAGGGGGUCAAGGGCGAUGCGGAUUUUGAGGACCUGGAGAAGGUUGGCGUGGGCCAGGUCCCUGAGGCUGUCAAGGAGCAGCGCAGGGCAGUCCUGGAGGCCAACGGGGGCAGGCUGGACGAUGUAGAGUUUACCUUCAGAGGCGGCGGUGUUGCCAAGACUCUGGGAGAGGCGACGCUGCGAAACAGGGUCAAGAGUCAUCCUGACGUCGGAGAGAGGUGGUAUCCUGAUAUUCUGGCACAUAUCAGAGAAGAGCAGAGGCUAGUCAAGGAGGCCGAGAAAUCAGCCAGACCCGUGGGCGUAGAAGCACAGCCCAAGGCCGUCGAAGCCCACUAG